CUCCCAUCACUCCUCCGGUUCUCUCGUCGCGAAGACAGCUCCUUUGCCUCCGUGAUCGCGCUAUUGCCAGCUAUAAAACUUGAACCGGUAUCGCUCUCGAUAGUACAAGUCCCGUCUCUCCUCUCCUCCUUCCUACGCUCGAAGAUCAUAAUCGAAUAAGCGACAGGUCUUGGGGAAGCAAUGUUCUGACACCACCACACCGGCCAUUUAAAGAAGAGUUUGCGUUGCCACCGGUCUCACCGUAUAACCUUUCACAUACACUGGACGACGGCCUGCUAUCGCCCGUAAUCAGCGAGACAAAUCUCACAAUGGACGAUUUUCUCCCCGAAGACGACCGCUCCAUCGAGUUGUCCUCCGUUGCGGCCAUUUAUCCCGAAAUCAAGAUCGAUCCUUCGUCUCCCUUCAAAGCGUCUCUAGACCUUCCGGUGGUACCUUCGAAGCCGUUACAGGUUUCGUUCCAACAGCCAGAUGUCGAACCCCCAGACGUCAUCACACCUCCUACCUCUGUUGACGGUGAGCCUGGCUUCGAAUCAGCCAAGGCAGGGCUAGAAUCUUCAGUCGAUCCGACCAAAGAAGUCCAUGUUAUCUCUUACCUUCCACCGUUGAGCCUCGAGGUCGAACUCCCAGACGGGUACCCAUCCGAAAACCCACCUAGUUUCAAAAUCACCACCGACCCUUCCUGGCUACCGUCGUCGAUUACGACAAAACUCGUCAAUGACGCCGAGGCCUUGUGGGAGGAAUGUGGCAAGGACCUCGUGGUGUAUACCUACAUUGAUCACCUCCAGCAACUUUCGGAGACGGUGUUUGAAAUUGACGAUAUCCCAGACGGAGAAGUACAAUUCCCGCUUCAUCUCAAGGUUGCACUGCUAGACUACAAUAGCAAGGCUCAACGGGAGGAGUUCGAAAAGGGGACCUUUGAGUGUGGUGUGUGCCUGGAACCGAAGAAGGGUGUGGAUUGCCACCGUCUUCUGCAUUGCGCCCACGUUUUCUGCGUACCCUGUCUCCGGGACUUCUACAACACUUGCAUUACGGAAGGUGAUGUCGAAGGCGUUAAAUGCUUAGAUCCAGACUGUGGCAAAGAACAGUCUUCUGAGGCGCCUACAUCGGAAAAGAAGCGCAAGAAGAAUAAUCGGACUCUCAGCCCCGCAGAGCUGCUGCAGAUCCCGUUGUCGGAAGAAACCGUGCAGCGGUACGUCUUUAUGAAAAGAAAGAAGAAGUUAGAAGCGGACAAAACUACUGUGUACUGUCCUCGCCAAUGGUGUCAGGGCGCGGCUCGAUCAAAGAAGCACCCUAAGCCGACUGAUCCCAUGUCGGAUGAUUUGGACGCGUCAGAUGAAGAUGAUGACCAGGUUCCGUUCGACCCUCUUGGAGAGGAAGCCCAAUUACCACCGGUGUCGGAGCGUCUAUCUAUUUGUGAAGAGUGCGAGUAUGCAUUUUGUUGCGUUUGCAAAAAGGGUUGGCACGGCGAGCUUGUACGAUGCUUCCCACGACGGGAUGCAGAAUUAACAGCCGAAGAAAAGGCCACAGAGGAAUACUUGAGGCUGUACACCUCAGUAUGCCCGACAUGCAAUUCCCCUGUUCAGAAGCAAAUGGGCUGCAACCACAUGAUAUGCUUCACCUGCAAUACACAUUUCUGCUACCUGUGUUCGAGCUGGUUGAUGGAGGACAACCCGUACCGGCACUUCAACGAUAUCAACAGCGAAUGUUACAAUCGUCUUUGGGACCUGGAGGGUGGCGACGGCGAGAACCCUGUCGGAGUAGAAGCUCUCCACCGGCUCCCAGCGGAAUUUCUCGAGUCAGACGAUGAAAGCGAUGGCGAAAACGUCGCAUGGGAAUUCGACGAUAGCGACGAUGACAUUCGCCGACAACCCCCACCACCAGCCCCAUUCCCGCCACGCGCUGGCGCUGGUAACAGGGACCGAGGUCGCGACGCUCUUCUCGACGCAGCCGGUCGAGCCGCAGCAGCAGAGCGACAAGCCCAGGCACGAGCAAUGGCAGAACUCCGUGGUCGUGACGGCCAAGCCCAACAACCCCGCCAAGGUCCGAUUCGAGGCCUCCAGCGGUUCCUGGAUCUUGUUCAGAAUGACCGUGAAGAUGAGUGGGAUAGUGAUGAAUUAGAUGACGAUUUCUAAGCUUCUUUUUCUGUUGACUUACUCGGUUGACUUAUAAUUCGGAUGUGGGUUACUUGUUUGAGCAUUUUGUUUGGCGGCAUAAUUACUUGUUUCAAUUAGCGAUUUGGUUUGGCAUUGCAUGACUUUAUGAGAUAAAUAGCAUUGUAUACAAUAUACCAGUUCUGUUCCUCUCGUUCUGAUCCUUGGGUGCUUUGAAGUUUGAAGAGUUCACCGGACAGCAUCCGGCCCUACACUAUAUAUAUACAUACGAGGUACCGAGUAUGGGAAAAAGGCGUGAUUCAAACCAAAACCAACAGCUAAAUUACGG